AUGGAGUCCGUAAUACUUCGUGGUAACGCACUUUGCAAAAUUAAGCGGAAGUUUCCAGCGCCACACCACUCGGUACCACAGGUUAAUUAUAGCAAUCAUGCUGAAAGUGGACGAAAAGAUGAACAAAAUACUGAUACUACAAAGGAACAGGAAGAAGAAUACGACAACUACUACGUAUGGCGUCGUAACGCACCCUUCCUAUAUGACACGCUACUGGUACACCGGUUGGAUUGGCCAUCCUUGGUUGUAGAUAUGGUACCAGAUACGUGCUAUAAGAGUAGAAAUGGAGCCACAGCACACAAAGUACUACUAGGUACGCACACUUCGGGAAACGAUGUCGAGUAUGCAAUUGUGGCAGAAAUAAAAUUACCAGUACCAGCUAUACGCGAGAAUAUGUCGUCUUGUGAAAAUUUUGCAAGGUUCUUCAGCUACCACAAAACACAUAAAAUGGCCAUGAUGGGACAUCCACUGCCUGUACUAGACAUCAAAGCUAAGCUAGUACACCCAGGUGAAGUAAACCGUAUAGUGCAUUGCCCAGGGAAACAAUUCACAUUCGUCACACAUACGAACUUCGGAGACCUGUUACUAUAUGACUAUUCCAGGCAUCCUUCAACGCCGAGAAGCGCAACCAGGGCCGCACCGCAGAUCGUACUUACAGCAGGACAUACCGCUGACGGGUUCGGGGCAAGUUGGGUUGACGACAGAAAACUAGUGUCGGUCGCUACUGAUGGAUCAGUAUGUACAUGGGACAUCACUGCAAAGUCAACAGCAGUGGAGGACUUGGAGCAUUAUGUUGAGGGGACCAAGUGCGUGAAACCCAUUAACAAAUUUAAUCUUAAGGAUACGCCAUUCAACGACGUGCAGGUGCUACCGUAUAGGAAAGAGCUCUAUAUGGCAGUGGCAGACGACUGUGUCGCUCGCCUAUAUGAUUCACGACUAGACAACUCCGAAGGGGCACCACAACUACAAUUACAGGGAGAAACCGAGGUUAACUGUCUCAGCUUUAACCCGUUUAAUGAUGAAAUCGUGGCUACAGGCGAAGCUGAUGGUACCAUUAGUGUCUGGGAUAUGCGUAAGCCAGAAGAACCUAUGAUACUGCUAAGCCACCACUCACAGGCAGUCAAUCAGGUGGAAUUCUGCCCGGCAUCUGCAGGGAUGCUAGCAUCGGCCUCAGAAGAUAACCAGGUCUGCAUAUGGGAACUGUCAACGGAGGAGAAACUUCGUUUUGUUCACGCAGGACACCGUGCGCCAGUCUCUGAUCUAUCUUGGCUGAAAGCUACAUCCAUGAAGAACGGGUUCACCCUAGCAACCACGGGAGCUGACAACGCCUUACAUUGCUUCACCCCUUGUUUUAGGGAACUAUGA